AUGUCCCUCCUCGUCUCGCGCAAUGUGACCCGGUCGGGUCUCAUCUUGGCACGCACCCUCCCGGCGAACCGCAUUGGUAUGCCCGCUGCCGCUCGCCUGUACUCGGCCAUCCACACUCAGACCUCGCUCGAGGUCCCACACCGCUCACGCACCGCUGAUGCCGACGGCAGUGCGGCCGCGCUCGCUGCUGGUCGUGCCCACGCCACUCGCCUCGCUGGGCUCCACAUUCCGUCCGAUUCCUCGCCACAUGCCGCCCUCGCGAGCGAGGCGCGCCAUCUUGACCUGGGUGCCUCCGCCGCCGCCAACAUUGCUGGUAUGCACACGUCGACGAGCAGCUCUGCGGCUGCACUGGGCUUGAGCCAGCACGAUGUCGACGCUGAGAACAAGGCUCCCGAGGGCCUCGUUGGCCACCAAGGCCGCGGUACAGAGGGCGCGCACUACAAUGGCAAGUACAAGCUGCCUGAGGCCGCUGCUCCACUCACCGACCUCGCCAUCGAUUCUAUGGGCGGCUGGACGAUGAUGAACCCCAUCUACACCGAGGCCGAGCUCGACACUGUCAAGGUCGUCAACCGCGCCCCCGUCACGCUCAGCGACAAGGCCGCCCACGGUGUCGUCAAACUUCUUCGCCGCUGCUUUGACAUGUUCACUGGAUACAUUGCCAAGCCCAUCCCCGCCGAAGUGCUUGCCCAGAACCCCAUCCCCAUUGCCGAGCUUCGCAAGAGCGGCCAGCUGCUUAGCGACAAGGCCUGGUUGCUGCGUAUCAUCCUCCUCGAGUCGAUUGCCGGUGUCCCCGGCAUGGUUGGAGGUACUUUGCGCCACCUGCGCUCUCUGCGCCUUCUCCGUCGCGACGGUGGCUGGAUCCACACUCUGCUCGAGGAAGCCGAAAACGAGAGGAUGCACCUCCUCACGUUCCUCACUGUCGCCCAGCCGACACUCAUCACGCGCGCCCUGGUGCUCGCGGCCCAGGGCGUGUUUUACAACGUCUUCUUCCUCACCUACCUGGUGGCGCCCAAGACGGCCCACCGCUUUGUCGGUGCGCUCGAAGAGGAGGCUGUGAGGACGUACACGCACUGUAUCGAGGACGUGACGAACGGCCUCGUGCCCGAGUGGAACGACAAGCCCGCGCCGCAGAUUGCCAUCGACUACUGGCGCAUGCCUGCCGACUCGACGCUGCUCGACGUCAUCAAGGCCGUGCGGGCCGACGAGGCCACGCAUCGCUUCGUCAACCACAGUCUUGCCAACCUGAACCAGAAGGAAGACUUUAACCCGUUUGCCCUGGCCGAGGCGAGCCCCGAGCUGCGCGGUACGCGUGCCGGAUUCACGCGCGAGGAAAGCGCCGAGUUUGCGCGCCAGACGCAGAGCAGGAUGCUUGGUGCGCCUCGUGCGAACAAGGAGGACGCCGAGUGA